CCAGAAGUGCUGGUCAGGUCAGCAAGAAGGUCGUGAGAUCAUAUCCAAGGCGUGUCAGAAACAGAUCAACAGGCCAACGAUGCUAAAAACCGCCAGGGUGCAUCAUCUGUCUUUGUUGUCCAUCAUCAUGCCUACCUAGCUUACCUACCUAAGCCAUCUACUUAAUCUAUCGUGACGCAUUCAGCACGGCCUAUCAGAAUGCAGGGAUCUUCCCUGAGAAACCCCCGACAGGGCCGGAGUUGACGGGUUAGCAGGGUUCUCUACUCCGUAAAAGUCCUGGGUAUAGAUCCCAUUGUUUGGCUUGGUCUACCCCUAAUGGCGACUCGUAUAUCUUUCUUCCAUCAGGCCAUCUACAGAGCCCGUCCGUCCUUUUGCUCUGGCAUCGGUUCUCCUUCGUUUUCUGUCUCACCAGUACCGGCCUUUUCGUUGACCAUGGGAGCUUCUCGCCCCGAUACGGCCCAGAAUGCUUCGGAUCCAGCUCCUGCAAGCCUCGGGCUGGAGCAUGACCAGGCUCCAGAGCUCGUCAAAAACGAGUCGUCUUCGGCCAAGUCCGCUGAGGAUGAUGCCGACUAUCCCUCCGGCCUCCGACUGUUCGUGAUCUGUCUGAGUCUCUGUCUCGCCGUCUUCCUGACUGCUUUGGACAAUACGAUUAUUGCAACGGCAAUCCCCAAAAGUAUGUUCCUGCCGAAAAGAUUACUCUGAUCGCUUCUCUGCCAGUGCCGACCGCUGACCACUCCCUGCGGUCAAUCCAGUCACCGAUCAGUUCAACAGCCAGGGUGACAUUGGUUGGUACGGAAGCGGUAGGGCUCCCCGUUCUUCUCUUCUCCCUUCUUCGCUCUUUGUCUCCAACCACUCUUUACCUCCACCAUCGACACCGCCAGCCGGAGUGAAGGUCUUCGACCAUGGAUCGACGACGUGAACGCGUGGGAUUGCUGGUUACCCUUCUCGUUAUCUGAGUGGGUAAACGAUCCGCUCGUCUUUCUGCGGGGGGAAUGUCUACUUGGACUCCCUCGUCGAGGCGAGGAUUUCUACGCUGCCUUCAAUGGAACCACAGGCUGAUGCAUGGACACAGCAUACCUCCUCACCCAGUCAUCCGUGCAGCUGCUCUUCGGUAAAGCCUAC